GCUCAGCCAGUGCAACAAGCAGCCCCGGUGCUGGGCAGGGCGCGCUGUAGCCGCUGCCGGCGGAGCUCAGAGUGGGGGGGCCGAGUAGCAGCCGCGGGGAAGGGGGGUGGGAUGCUGGAGAGACACAAAGCCGGCGGGGGAAGCAGCCCGCCGCAGCUUUUCCCGGGAUGGAGGCGCCUCGCAGGCUCGGCUUGAUGCUGCUGCUGCCGUGGGUGGUUUGGGGCUGCUUCUCCCUCCUCUUGCUGCUUCCCCCCGUGGGGUCCAUGUGCCCGGAGCCAUGCGACUGCCAGCUGCAGCAGCACCUCCUGUGCACCAACCGGGGGCUGCGGGCGGUGCCCAAAACCGCCGACCCCCAGGGCAUCCUGACCUACAGCCUGGGGGGCAACUUCAUCGCCAACAUCUCUGCCUUCGACUUCCACCGCCUGGCGGGGCUGCAGCGCCUGGACCUGCAGUACAACCGCAUCCGCUGGCUGCACCCUAAGGCCUUUGAGCGCCUGGUGCUGCUGGAGGAGCUCUACCUGGGCAACAACCGGCUGGUGGCGCUGGCGCCGGGCACCCUCCGCCCGCUGGCCAAGCUGCGCAUCCUCUACGUGAAUGCUAAUGAGAUCGGCCGCCUGAGCACUGCCUCCUUCGCCGGCUUGGGCAGCCUGGUGAAGCUGCGGCUGGACGGCAACGCACUGGCCUCGCUGGGCGAAGCCACCUUCUCAGGGCUGCCCAACCUACUCUACUUGCACCUGGAGUCCAACCACAUCCGCUGGCUGAGCCGUGGUGCCUUUGCUGGCCUGGCCAAACUGCGCUUCCUUGACCUGUCUGGGAACCAGCAGAGUUCGCUGCGUCACCCAGAGACCUUUGGGCCACUGCGCUCGCUCAGCACACUGCUCCUCUCCAGCAACAGCCUGCAGCAGCUGGGUGGGGGCCUCUUUCAGCACCUGCCUAGCUUGGCCAAGCUCUCACUCAGCAGUAACCGGCUAACACAGCUGGCGCCGGAUGCCUUCGCUGGGCUGGGGGCACUGAAGGAGCUGCGACUAGAUGGGAACCUGCUGAGCCACCUGCCCGCCACCUUGCUGGAGCCACUGCGCAGCCUGGAGGCCCUGGACCUGAGCCGCAACAUGCUGGCUGCCUUGCACCCUGCUGCUUUCGGCCCCCUGCCCAAGCUGCGGGAGCUCAGCCUGCGCGACAAUGCACUGGCCGUGCUGCCGGGGGAGCUCUUCACCUCUAGCCUGGCUCUUCAGCGCUUGGAGCUAGACGGCAAUGCCUGGAGCUGUGACUGCCGCUUGCGAGGCCUGAAGCGCUGGCUGGGCACACGGCACUCACAGGGCCGGCUGCUCACUGUCUUUGUGCAGUGCCGCCUGCCACCCACUCUGGCUGGCAAGUACCUCGACUACCUUCAGGAUGCACAGCUACUGCCACCCGAUGGCGCCGACUGCCACAGCGGGACCUCCCCAUCUCCCUCCCUGCCACCUGCAACAGGGCAGUGGCCCAGGGAGCAACAGUGGCAGCUGAUCCUGGCUUCUGAGGGGCUUGGGGGCAACAGCAGCCGCAGCCCGGCCCAAGGUGGACCCAGAUCCUUGCCCUCUGCCUCCACUAUGCGCCUGCUGGGUGCUCAGGAGGGGCUUGCUCCAGCCCAAGGCAGCAGAAGAGCCGAGCCCACUCCUACGGCCUCCCUACCUGACCUGCUGGGCAGCUCCAGGCCACCCCCGCCUCUGGCUGGCCCCGCGUGGCCUCGGCGGGCGAGGAAGCACCACCUAGCCCCCUCUGUGGCUGGGGCCCCGCUGGUAUCCGACGCCUGUGACUUCAACAAGCUCUUCCUGUGCAACCUGUCAGUAGAGGCGGUGGGCACUAGCUCGGUGACGGUGCGCUGGUGGGUGCGGCCUCACCGCAGUCCCCGCCUGCUGGGGCCUGUGCGCUUCAGGCUCCUCUUUGACCGCUUUGGGGCCGCCGUCAAGUUCCAGCGCUUCGUCUACCUGGCGGAGCGGAGCGAGACAGCUGCCACCCUGCGGGAGCUGCGUCCUGACACCCCUUACCUGGUCUGUGUGGAGGGGGUGCUGGGCGGCCGCGUCUGCCCGGUGGCGCCCCGGGACCACUGCGUGGGGCUGGUCACCCUGCCCAACGGGGGUGCGGCUGGCGGCCCAGACCAGCAGCUCCUCACACUGGUGUUGCUGGCGGUGAAUGCACUGCUCCUCUUUGUGGCCCUGGCGGCCUGGGUAUCUCGCCUGGUGCGGAGGAAAAUGCAAGGGCGGCGUCAGGCAGCACCGGUGCACGUGCGACAGAUGUACUCAACCCGCCGACCGCUCCGCUCCAUGGGCACUGGCGUCUCUGCUGAUUUUUCUGGCUUUCAGUCCCACCGCCCGCCCCGCAGCGCUGUCGCUUGUGCCCUCAGCGAGACUGACCUAAUCGAGUUCCCCUGCGAGCGCUUCGCUGACAGCAGCAGUGCCCGGCGUGGGGAGGACCACCUGCUGCAGCAGCGAUUCGCUGACUAGCAGUGUGGCCCAUGGAAACUACAACUCCCAGCUGGCCCCAUGCUGGCAUCACGGUUUAGCAGGGCUUGCUGGGAGUUGUAGUUCUUCCCUGCCCCCGGUCGCCUCACCAAGGGUGGGGCUGCGUGGCACUUAAGACUGUUGCCAAGCAGAGGGGGGUGGGUUGAGAUGGGGCACCUGGAGUAAAGACCGAGGCGCUCUGUGUGGGUGAGUCUAACAGAUGGGACCCAAGCUUGUCACGUAAUUCCAGCACUGCAGUCUCAAUAUAUCAGUGUUCCUUUCUGCAGGUAGAAGGGGGCUGGAGUUCUCAUGGGCACAUCCCAGUUACUAGGAGGGGUUAUGUGGGGUUGGUUUUGGUCUGGCACAUUUAUUAUAAAGAAAUCCUUAAAAAUAUUAGUACUUUCUUGAAGAUUUAAAAAAAAUCACUAACCUAAGGAAGUAACUCUCUGCAUUUUUAAAUAAUUGCUGUCAAGAAGAACAGAAGAGUAUUGGGGCUAAUGCACAUAGCAGCAGGGGUGGACUCUGUCCUCAGAGCCAGCAGUUUAUGUACUGUGUCUUUCAGGAUAAUCUUCUUGCACUGUAUUUAAGAAGGUCCAGGUUACCUUUCUCUGGUCAAACAAAUAAUCCAAAUCACUGAUGUGAUACAAGAAAUGUGUUUGAAGUUUACUGAACACUGACUUUUUAAACUCAUCAUCACUUCCUAGGCAUAUUGUUGAAAUAAGACUUGAGGAACAGCAUCAAUACUGAAUUCUGCAACAUGCAAGUAAUCUGAACAGAAUGGAAUAUGAAGCGUUUGAAUAAUAUGGUUGUUUUAACUCAAA